GUCACUGUCAACGACAUUUUGUUAUUCUAUUUUUGUUUUUAUUAUUUUAGCCCAAUAUUGUUUUAAUUUUAAAGUUUCCAAAAAUUCAAGUUCUUUCUAAUUUACAAAAUGAUUGUAUUUAUGCCCGCCAAUACCUAAAAAAUUACGAAAAGAACAACAAUACCAAACCAAAUUAAAUCUCGCAAUCAUGUCGCCAGAAUAUGCGGAAAUGGUAGCAGCUAUCGCUUUUGGAGUAUUGUCAGCAAUUUUUGUUAGCGCCUUUGUGAUUUUGAUUGUGAUUUGUCGAAGGCAAAGACUGUUUUACAAGGCUGCUUAUUUGGAUGCUCAUAAUCACGAAUCCAGGCCCGAAAAACAACUAAUAGAACCUGACAUACCCGAACUCGAACUGGGAGAAGUGAAUCUGAACUUUGACAGCAUCCUAACCGAUGAACAAUGGAUCGAUGACGCCACCGGCCUUAUACCCCAUUGCUUGGCCAUCUUGAAAACUUGCAGAUACCUGACCGAACGUCUGACCACGCUCGCAAUGAAUUCCAGUCCAAUGUCAGGCAAUUUUGGUCAGAUUGUUGACAGUGCCAAAAGAAUCUCUAGCAGAGUUGAUGACAUGGUGCGGAGCAUGUAUCCUCCGCUUGACCCUAGAUUGUUGGAAGCUAGAGCUGCAGCUUUAACUUUGGCAGUUACACACUUGGCACUUAUUGCUAAGUACGAAUGUGGACAAAAAGACAAAAAUGGUAUUCCAUGGAUUGACAAGUUGUUACAAGAUAUGGAUGGACAUGUUUUGUUUUUAAGAGAAGCCUCACUAUGCCAAGAAAACUUCAACAAGUUUCCACUCAUGAACAAUGUUGUCUAAGCAAAUACCCAAAAAUAUGCAAAACCAUUCCAAAUUUGUUAAAUGUUGUUUUAUAUAUCAAAAUUGUUAGUACAUAUUAUUAUACACUUGUUUUAGAUCUGUUGUUUAUUCAAUAUAAAUAGUAUUUUUUUAUUCAUAUACUACUGGAGAUUAUUCUGUUAAUAAUAAUUUUUAUAUACAUAUAUAGAAAAAAUAUAUUUUUAUACCCCA